AUGGUGAAAAGCUACCGCUCAGUACUUCUGUUGGUUUGCGUCACGUUCCUGGUGAUUGUUUCAUCGCCUAAGAAUGCCGUCGAUGCGGACAAGCUCAUCGGCAGCUGCGUGUGGGGCGCGGUGAACUACACCUCGAAUUGCAACGCCGAGUGCAAGAGACGCGGCUUCAAGGGAGGGCAUUGCGGCAGCUUUGCCAACGUCAACUGCUGGUGCGAGACA